UGGCACCCGGAUAACGAGAGAAACGACCACCUCACCCUCCUUCAAACCGUAAUGGCGGCCGCGGCACUCCGGCCCCACCUCGCCCUUCUCUCCGGCGGCGGCGGAAUCCCCAACCCCGCGCUCCGAACUCUAUCCAUCGUCUCCCCCCUCCUUCUCCACAUUCGCUCCAACCGCCACCGCGGCAUCCUCCGCUCCAAUGCCUCCUCGUCGCCUCCGUCUCCCCCGCCUUCGCCGGAGAAGGAGGCGGUUCCGACAGCAGAGUCGUGCGUCAAUCUCGGGCUCGAGCUCUUCUCCAAGGGCAGGGUGAGAGACGCACUUGAACAAUUUGAUAAUGCCCUAGAGCUUGAUCCAAAUACUAUCGAAGCUCAAGCAGCGCUCUAUAACAAGGCAUGCUGCCAUGCAUACAGGGAAGAAAGCAAAAAAGCAGCUGAUUGCUUGAAGACAGCUUUGCGAGGUUACAAUCUCAAAUUUGGCACAAUUCUCAAUGACCCAGACAUGGCGCCAUUCAGGGCAUCACCAGAAUUUAAGGAACUUCAAGAAGAGGCAUUACGUGGUGGAGAAGAUAUUGGUUCUGGGUUCCGAAGAGACCUGAAGCUUAUUAGUGAAGUACAAGCACCAUUUCGUGGUGUCCGGAGGUUCUUUUAUGUGGCUUUCAUUGCAGCAGCUGGAAUUUCAACAUUCUUUACCAUUCCCAGACUUAUACUUGCAGUUCAAGGUGGUGAUGGUGCUCCAGAUUUUCUGGAAACUGCUGGGAAUGCUGCCAUUAAUAUUGGAGGUAUUGUUGUGCUUGUGGCUUUAUUUCUCUGGGAAAACAAGAAAGAAGAGCAGCAGAUUACCAAUAUUUCUCGCAAUGAAACCCUUUCAAGGUUACCUGUGCGUCUAUCAACCAACCGCAUUACUGAACUUGUGCAACUCCGAGACAUUACUAGGCCAGUUAUAUUGGCAGGUUCAAAAGCAUCUGUUACUCAAGCAAUGCAAAGAGCUGAGAGGUACCGAACUGAACUUCUCAAACGAGGCGUUCUUCUAAUUCCUGUGAUCUUUGGUGCUUUGCAAAAAGCCCAAAUAAAACCAAAAGGCUUUGGUACUACAAGAUCUGCUGCAUCUGCUCCUUCAAUUGGGGGUGACUUUGAAAAGCGUACUGAGUCUAUUGCGGCAAAAUCACGCCUGAGAGCUGAGGUUCGAUUUAAGGCUGAUAUUGUCUCUCCUGAACAAUGGGAAAGUUGGAUACGCGACCAGCAAGAAUCGGAAGGUGUCACUCCUGGUGAAGACGUCUACAUAAUCCUCCGUCUUGAUGGUCGUGUGAGAAGAUCUGGAAGAGGUAUGCCAAAUUGGAACGACAUUUUGCAGGAACUGCCACGUCUUGAAGAUUUGCUGAGCAAACUUGAGCGAUGAAGAAGAGGUGCGUAUAUGGGUGCCAUUUUAUCCUUUGUGAAGGCCGGGCCAGUGUGUUGCUCAGCAGAUUGGAUAUCCUAUUCUAAGUUUCUCUCUUAUGCAAACAUGGGAUAUGUGGAUACCCCUUACAUCUCUAAGAAGUGGCAUUUUUGCGCCACCCAUGAAAAAUGUAGAGUUACAGCAAAAUAUAUUAAGAAAGCGAAGAAUUGUUUUGCAAUA